AUGCUCCUCCUCCCUUACUCUGCAUCCCGCUAUCAACUGGUAUUCAUCGAAACUCGCAUUAUUGGAGCUGGAAUAUACGCUAUGUUUCCCCCUAAAGAGAAACUCAGUUGCGGGACUGACGGAGCACGCAGGCUCGUAUACGAGAUGACGACUGGACUGGGACACUUGACCCAGUUGAACGCCGCAGGAGGCAAAACCGCCUACAUCAAAGAGCUUGGCGUAGGGCGGCGCCAACGAUUGCAACAAAUCACCGAGAUAGAAAAUCUGAAGACCGCCCCAUCGAGGGCAGCGCUUGUUGAGCGGAGUAGUUUUCAAAGGUUAGCCUUAGAUCAUGUCAGUGGACGCCAGCGUAUGCAAGUUACGUUGAAGCAACUCCAGAAUUGGGAUGCAUUCUGGCGAAUUUUGGAGACAUUAGGAGAUGCAGCGGGCACAUUUGCCUUUUGGGCCGAGCUAAGGGCAUGGCGAAAGUGGGAGUUAAUAGCAGAUGUACCUCGGUCUGAAUCAUAUCACAGUCUACCUUUACAAACUCUCUGUGAUCAGCCAAUACGCGGUGCCGCUGCUUCCGAUUUUGACUCACUUUUAUUUCUAAACGAGAAAUACUUGCUCCACGGUUCGGAGUACCAAGUCGAUUUUCCACUUACGCUCGAUCAUGAGCUCUUUGUCUUAAUACAACACAACACUCUGCGAGGACUGUUAACGAAUAUGGCAAUAUUAGUCCGUCUAAGCGGACAGGACUUCCAAGGAUGGGAUGACUUUUAUACCGAGGACCUGCCAACCCCACCCGAAGAGUCACCACCAUCACUGCAAUUUACGUCUCUACAGAAGAAAGUUUCACAUGAGACUUGGAUCGAUACGAUCCCCUGGGCAAACAUGCGUGACAAUGUCAUUAGGUAUCAGGAUAAGUUUGAUCCUGAUGCACUUUGUUCGGACUUCCUUGGCGGAUUGGAGGAAGGGAAUAACGAUAUCGAACGUCGUGGUAUGAUUCUUUGGGGGGAUCCGUGGACUGAGACUGGAUGGGAACUAAGUGAAAAGUUUAUUAAAAAAUGGUCGUUUUUGUUGCAAGGUUGCGGUGAGGCGAUCAAGUCCACUAAUAAGUGGCGAGCACUACGGGGAGAAAAGAGACUUGCACUCCAUGACUAA